UGUUGGACCGUGCGAGCAGGCGGCCGUUUUCCUCCUUAAAAUGGCCGAAAUAAAAAACAAAGGAAUUUAAAUUUGAAACAGAAAACAGAAACAGAAAGACUUCCUGUCUGCGGCUGUGAUUCUAUGCAGAGUCAGGGGGAUUCUACUGGAUUCUACUGAGACAGAAACUUUUCAAUUAACUGCACCAGCUGUUGUGUCCCUCCUCAGGGUCCUCUACAUCCUCAAGCCUCGCCACGGGGGUCCAUCUCCCAUUGUGCCCGUCGACAUGGCUGUGAGGAUCUGCCUGGCCAGCUCUCCUCCUCUGCACUCCUUCCUCGCAACCACAGCCUUGCCAUCAGCGGCCAAAGAGAUCAGCAGCAGCAGCUCGGCGAGGCUAAGGAGGAAGAAGAAGAAGAGCGUGGUGUUUGCUGACUCUCAAGGUUUGGCGCUCACCGUCAUCCACAUCUUUGAUGAGGCCGAGGACAACCUGCUGACUGAGCUGCAGUUCUACUUGACCGAGAUAGAGGACGCCACAGCCACACUACACCUGGGAGGCAGCAAAGAUCCUGCAGAUUAUGGUUCAAACCUGGUUCUGGACUUCAACCAGCCAGCUGUAGACUAUUUGGACCUGAGGAACAGACUCAAAGCCCAGCAAGUUUGUCUGGAGACCUGUUCUGUCCAAGAGCGCCUGCUCUCAGGCACCGUUCAGGUCCGAAACAUCUGCUUUGAGAAGUCCGUCUCAGUCCGGAUCACCUUUGACUCGUGGUGCUCCUUCCAGGACGUUCAGUGUCGGUAUCUGAACAAUGUGUACGGAUGCCCCGACACCGACACCUUCUCCUUCUCAGUCUCAGUGCCGCAGCUCCUUAAGCCCUCCAAUGGAGUGGAGUUCUGCAUUCAGUACCAAACUGAGAACCGGACCUUCUGGGACAACAACAAUGGGAACAACUAUCGGCUGGUAGUGGCGGACCCAAAUGGCAGCCCAAACCGGAGCACUGAGAGUACGGCAGCGCUGGAGAUCAAGAGAGAAGGCAUUGGAGAGAAGCGGGAGGAGAUGGAGUUUGAUCCCUUUGGCAGUCCCAGGACGUCAGCAGGGAUUUUCCCUGAGUGGCAGAGCUGGGGUUGCGUAGAGACCGGCGCCCCCUACUGCCAUGGUCCGGAUCAUUGGAAACAGCUAUGUCCGGCGCAGGACCCAGAGAGCCACAGAUGCCAUGGGGAAAAACCAUGGUGUCGAUGGUAUCUCCAUCCAUCGGUUCGGCUGGGGUGGUCUGGAGUGGAAGAGCCUUCUCCCCUUCUUCAACCAGUCCCUACGAGGAAGAGCAGUACCAGAUGUACCUCAUUCACUGUGGUGGGAGUGACCCGGGGGAUGUCUCAGGCCGCAACCUCAUUGCAGCAAUGGAGAAGGGCCAGCACCACCUCCACCUGCGUGUGACAGUUUGUUCGCUGUUGGAGUUGAGUCUCAGUGGAUUGUUUUAGGUCCGAACAUAGCCCAAAGUGUGAUGCCUAUAAAUAGGAUGAGUGUUAAUUUUGUUGAUGUUAUUUUAUUUUUUUUUUUUAUUUAACACUUGUUGCACUGUUCAGUCUUACCAGCUAUGCUCCUUUUCCUUCCCCACCACCUCUCCUAUUCCCUUCCCAGUCUUACUCCCCCCAUGGUCUUGGACACUCUCUGCAGCCAUGUUGGACAUAGCUGAAACAAACUGUUUGUAGUUUCAAAUGUUAGCGUUCAUAGGUCAUAUAGUUCAUAAUUCUCAGUUAUUAUAGUUAAUAUCAGUGUGCUGUUCCAAUAGCAUAACUUAUUCAGAGAAAGGUUUUUACUGGGGCAAAUUUACACUCAAAUUCUCUAUCAGGUUUCCUUUUUGUCCCUUUCACAGUGACCUAAUUAAACCGAGAACCUGUUAACAUGAAUAGACUUCAUAACAGCUUCCUCCCCAAAACUGUGAGCCUGCAACAUAUAAACUGUCUCAAACACAAGGGCUCCUGGACUUUUUGCACCUUACCCCCAUUACUUAUGGACUGCUGCAAUAGUUUUUUUUAACUAUGCAUUACAACCAGCCUACAGACAGUUGCACUAUGCUCACUUUAAUUGUAAAGACAGCUUUUAUUUCUUUACCCAGGCUUUGAACUUCACUCAGAGUGUACAGACUGUUGCUCCAAGCACUAUAAGCUAUAUAUGAAGUAUUAUUUUGAUACUGUGGUUUCUCAUGUCUACCAUUUUGUACUGUAAUUUAUACUAAAUUAUGUGGCACAAGAGAUUCAACUAACUCUUUUUAUUAUGCACACUUGUCAAGUGACACUUAGGUUCACCUUUACCUUGAUCCAAAGGUGUUUUUUUUUAAGUUGUAACAGUUGAUUGUAAAUUGAGCACUACAUUAUUUAAUUCAUCCAUUUAUUACAUUCUUUUAU